GGGAGUCAUGUGGAUCUAUUUGUUGCAGCAGGAUACGAGGGGGAAAACAUCUCAUCUGUCUUUUAAGAAUGUCUCUGUGGGUUGGUGAGGAGCUGUGUUUGUCAACCUACGAAGACCAGCCUCUCUCAGGCAUGUCAACCAUUAAGCCCUGAGAGGAAGGUCCACAUCACAUCACAUCACAUCGCACCACACAUCCAACGGGACUCAAGUUUGGGGAAGAAAGCGUUUCACAUCACAGCCAUGCAGCCAUCCGUUGCACCCUAACCUUCUGCAAGGGGAUUGUAAAGGCAGAUUAAAGCAUGAACAAACAUCUUGCAUCUUUGUUGAGGAGCAACAAUGCGGCCCACGGUCUCGCCAUCACGACCUCCUCUAAAACAUGUGUGACCUUUGUAAUAGUCAACGUGACGACAUGGUUUAUUAUGCUUCUGCUCUGCCCCUGUCAACUGAGAGCACAGCUCGGGACAACCCCCAACAUUAAACACAUCGUGGUUGGAAGGUGUUACAAUUACAUCACUCUCGUUGACCCCAGCUUAAGGUAUGACUGUGAGGAGAUCUGGAGACAGUUCGAGGAGGCGGUUGUCCGUCAGUCCUCUUGUAAUGUGACGGUGGAGGAUUAUCAUCAGAUGUUUUAUGCAAUGCCACAAACCUGGCCGUGUGAUAGGUUUCUCUUCUGGAGUAAAACCAGGGCACUGAUGCACAGCUAUGCAGCUGUUGUUCGUCACUUCUGGACACUGGAGGACACACUGGUUGGCUUCAUGUUCAAUGACCUCAUCUGGUGCGGACAAGACGAAGACCCUGGUUUUGAUUUCAGCUCCUGUCCGCAGUGGUCAGCGUGCAGAAACCACCCAGUGUAUUCCUUGUGGAGGCAAGCCUCUCAAAAGUUUGCAGAAAUGGCAUGUGGCAACAUCACUGUAUUACUGAAUGGAUCUAUUGUCAACGCCUUCAACAGGAACAGCAUGUUUGGAAGUGUUGAACUGGACAGCCUGAAUCCCCAAAGGGUGGAUUAUGUCAACAUUAAGGUGGUGACCAAUCUCGAAGGACCAUAUAUAGAGUCAUGUAGUCAGGGAUCAGUUUUAGACUUGAUCCAAAUCCUCCAGUCUAGAGAUUUCCACUGGACGUGCACAGACAACGAACAGACCCUGAUGAUCCUUCAGUGUAUCCAGGACCCUAAACAGCCCUCAUGCCAGACAUGUGCAAACAGCCUGUUACACAGAAAGAGCCUCACGUCCGACUGAAUCACCCACAUGUUGAACGAGUAGUUUGCUAUUGUUAAUUUGUAGUUUUACACUCAGUGAA